GGGGGACACCAUGAGGAAGACUACUGACUUCCUCCAACGACCACCUAAAGAGGGUGAAAAAGACCCCCCUCCGAGAUGGAACAAAGCAUGCGCGAGAAGUAGAGGAUCCCUUCCCAGAAAUGAUUAACAUUUUUCAGCCCCUUCGAGGAAAAGUCAUGAAUACGUAUGAGGCCUAUCCUACUUAAUGUGAACUCGGAAUGUGACGGGUGUGUGUCCUGAUAGAGAAGAGGCUCUCAAUGCACCCAGGGCUGUUUGCUUGCUCUUAUUCAUCCAAUAAAUUCCUAAACUCAACUGGAAUCCUGUUCGGGGAUACUUCAUUUAUCACAAUUGGGGGCUCAUCCGGGAUGGUCUUGGUUCCUGAAUUCUGACUUGAUUUAGGAGGGGCGCCCCACCAUUUGGUGGCUCCUGAUCAGGUCGGGUCAGGACUAACACCAGCCUGAACCUGAAUAGGGGCAAGCAAAGAAUUUGAUUUUUAUGAGCUCCCUUGCUGGCUGCAGCAGUUUAUUUUGCCCAUAAUUCUGCACGCGAAGAUCCGAACAAAGACGACGGAGUCGGACCUUUUCUUGUUUUAUUAACUACAGAGACGGCUGUGAGAACUGCUGAAAAGGGAUGGACCCACGUUUCACGAGUAAAAGGUCCAGUGAAAGAAUGGAAAGUCGCAUCUGAGCCUGGAGAGACUAAAUUGACCUUCAGACGAUCUUGAAAGAGCACGCAACAAAGGAGACUUUGUGACGGUAACUGAGAGUGGUGGUAAGAUCAUUUUGCGAAAAAUUCCCUCCCUCAACACCUAAGCACACUUUGAAGAUAAAGUGCUGUUACAAUAAGGUAGGGAGAAACUCCACACAAGUUUAAAGGAUUGUUAGGCCACGUGUUAGAAACUGAACUAAAUAAACCAGGAAAUCCCUUUAAUACUGAAGUUUGGCAAAAACCAUACGAGUCUCAUUUAGCAUGAUUCAUAUGAGACCCCUGAAGAAUACCCCUGCUGCCAUGAAGAUGAAUAACCCCGCUGCUGGAAGCACCCCAGUAGGCGGUGGAGGCAGAGGAGUAAAAAGGUGGGGUUUGAUUUUGUUUGUAUGGAUCAACCUAAUCAUACAUGGAGUUUCAGCCGAUUCGUGCUCCAAAUGCUACCAACAAGUGGCAUAUGGGAAACAAACGGUGUCAACUCUGGCCUAUCAUACCCACAUAAAUGCUGGGUGUUAUAAAAGAACUCAAUUGGAAAAAUGCCAAACAGCAGGAUUGACUCUUUGGGUAGCUGAGAAUCUUGGCGACAAGACAGGAAGAGUAGUCUAUGGCUAUGGAACUUGUCCCAAGGGAGAGAAAUAUAUAUGUUUCACUCAAGGAGGAAUGUGGGGGUAUUCAGAUGGAGGAGGACAACAAGAUAGAUUUAAAGAAGAAUUAGUAAAGAAUGUUACACGAAGAUUAAAAACAACUCGCAAACGACCUCCUUCAACUUCAAAAUCAUUAUAUGAAAAACUCAAAGAAAGGAUGAGCACAUGGGAUUUACCAACUAAAGGACAGAAUUUAUUUGUAGAUUUGAUGCAGAAAAUAGCUACAGAAUUGAAUGUAUCCUCUUGUUGGAUAUGUGGAGGGUCUCAGAUGACUGAGCAGUGGCCAUGGAGAGGAGAGAGUGUGGAACCCCAACAAUUAUUGGAAUGGAACAACACCCAUAAAUCCAGCACAAGCAGACCUGAAGGAUGGGUGCUAAGUCAUGAAGUAAUAGGCCAGUUUUGUAUAUCUAGAAAUAGCAGUGAUUUUACACAAUAUGUUGGACAUACACCUUGCAAAAUGAUCUUGACCACUAACUCAACAAGUAGUACCUGGUGGCCAAAGUCACCCGAUGGGUAUUGGACUACCAACUGCCCUGGCAAUCAAACUCAAUGUUGGAAAAACAAAAUGAAUGCAAACCCAUUUGAAGAAAUUAGGGAUUUGAAGUCCUUUUGGGAAAAUCCUAGAAAAACAAAUAGCAAUUGGAAGUCUCCUGAUGGGCUAUUUUGGAUAUGUGGGCAAAGAGCAUAUAACGAAUUACCAAAGAGAUGGAGAGGUAGCUGUACCAUUGGAAUGAUCCAACCCGCCUUUUUCUUGCUGCCAAAAAUGAAAAAUAAUCAUUUGGGAAUACCUUUGUAUGAGACCCUGAACCGAAGAAAGAGAAGUUAA